CUAUUUUCUUAUUUUAUUUACUAUCUUAUUAAUUGACUUCUCUUAUGAUAAGAAACCAAUUUUUGUUGAGAGCGUCUUUAGACGUCUUUCUCGUCUAGUUUUAAUGAUCUUACGAGUACAGCAGAUACAGAAGAGCAGCAGAGUGUAGUUCGUUCAUCUCAGAUAAGUUUCUUCUGAACAUCGCAAAAAGGAUUUCACAUCUAAUUCCAUCCUGAUUCAUAUGUUUUGUGAUAUUGUAUAAAUACAUGUAGCCUUUCAUUUCUUUGCACAACAACUGAAUUAAUCGACUUCGAUACAUGAUAAUUAAGUUCUAAAACAAUUACGAUGACAACAUCGAAGACUCCAGUAUCGCUCGUUGACCAUGAAUUCGUCAUUCCGAAAAAAGCGAUUAAAGUACCAAAUGAUAUGGCAAAUUGGGAAAAAUCGGAAGCAUAUUUUGAAUACUUAGGAUUCAUUUUAGCCUUAAAUGAAGCAGUUCAAGGAAAAGCUUUAAAUGUUGAAUGUCCACCAAGUCCUAUAAUAGAAAAUGUUGUUCAAAUGCUUAAUGAGUUUGAUGAAUGGAUAUCUCAGAUACCUCCAACUGAACAACCUCAACGUUUUGGUAACAAAUCAUUUAAAAUAUGGCAUGAAAGAUUGCAACAGAAUGGAAUGCAGGAACUGCAGAAAGUAUUACCUGAAAAGUAUCAUAGAGCAGUUCCAGAGAUAGUUGAAUACUUGAUUGAGGGUUUUGGUAACCAAACUCGUAUUGAUUAUGGCACAGGACAUGAAAUGGCAUUUAUAAUGUUUUUAUGUUGUAUGUUUAAAAUUGGGGCUUUUGUACAAGAUGAUAAAGUUGCUGCAGUUGUCAAAAUAUUUAACAGAUACCUGCAAUUGGUGCGUAGAUUACAGUUAACUUAUCGGAUGGAACCAGCAGGUAGCCAUGGGGUGUGGAGCUUGGACGAUUAUCAAUUCGUUCCAUUUAUUUGGGGAAGUGCCCAAUUAAUUGGACAUCCUCGUAUAGAACCUCGUCACUUUGUAGAGCCAGACAUCAUCCAAUCAUACAGUAAACAAUACAUGUUUCUUGGCUCUAUAGAAUUCAUCUCAAAGGUAAAAAUAGGUCCAUUUGCUGAGCACUCGAAUCAGUUAUGGAAUGUCAGUGCAGUAUCAUCGUGGGUAAAAGUAAAUAGUGGUCUUAUUAAGAUGUACAGAGCUGAAGUACUGGCAAAAUUCCCUGUUAUUCAACAUGUUUUAUUUGGAUCUUUAUUAUCGAUAACGCCGGCAGCUAUACCUCCUGUUAAAAAAAUUCAUCAAACUAAAUCUACAGAACUACAACCACCACAACCACCACCACCACCUUCAUCUAGCAAGUAAUCAGUAUUGUACAAGUGCGCUUAAUAUUUGUUGAUAUAGUUUGUAUCAAAUAUUCAAUAUUUAUAAUAAAAUUGUACAUUACUAUAAUUAUGCUAAAUAUCAAAUUAAUUCAAUGCAUUAUAUACGAUUACAUUAAUUUAUUCGAAUUUGUGAUGUUUUAAAGCGUCAGUUAACUUUGAAGCAAUAUACUAUUCACUGUAAACGAAAUUAUAAUACAUAUAAGUAUUAUUCAGAAUCUGUGAACUCCAUAUAAUAUUAAGUAGCUUAGAUUAUUUUUGCAUUUUAUCUAGUCUAUAGAUCAUUUGUAUAUAAACAUAUUAGUCGUAGGUAGUAACAACAGUCCUUUGGACGUAAGUAAACACCACUUUAACAAUAAAGAUUCCUCUCGCGUAGAAGUCAUCCAAUAAAAUGUACAAAUCUACGAAGUGGAAUAUUCCUUGUGAA